AUCCAGUGAGCAAUUAGGGACUGUGUAAAAACUCACAACCAUUUGUCAAUUUGUAGUACAACACGAUAGUUUUUAUUAUAGCUUAUAAACAAUUUCUCCCCCCCUUGUAAAAGUAAAGAGAAAAAUCAGUGAGGUUGUAAAUCUGUUUGUUCAAACUGCCAGCAUAAGAGCGAGUGAGAACUUUGAGACUGUGUCAUGAUGAAGUCUGGACCUUUUGAGACGCUCCCUUGCUGUCAACAUGGUGUCAUGCCAAGGAGCUUGUUGACUUUUUUAGUUGCUGUUCGUUGUUGACUGAGAGGUUUGUAACGCUUGGUUUAUCCAGUAUGUUAAACCACUUGAUGGAAGCAUCGAAAGUGGACGACCUCGAUGCUUUAAAACCGUUAUAAAGUGAGGAGUUUAUGAAGUACAGCUCGUGUCAUGGCAGAAGAAGGUUCUAGAGCUGCAGGUGGUUCAAUGAGGAACAGUCACACUAUGCUGCAGGGGGCCACAGGACCACAUGGUGCAGGACUGUUCGAGCUGAUACAGGACAACGAGGACGUCCGGUUUGACACCUCAGACUUGGAUAAUAACUGUGAGGUGUUGAUGGCAGCAAAACCAUAUCCGUCCAUUCAGGAGUUUGCCUCGGCCAUCCCUAACCAACUGCUGCUGGGAUCGCUGCUCGAACACUUGUGCUUUGUGUACGAGAGAGACCCUGCACAAUCUCGCAUGUUAUUUAAAGUGAUUGGUCAGCGACUAGCAGCAAUGAACCUCCUCUCUCCGCUGGCCGUCAGUGAUGAGUUCAGCACAGUGAGACUGCAGCACAGCCGGGCCUUCGCUGAGCUCCUGCAUGCAGCCAGCUCAUCACUGUUUCCUCAGGAUCAAGUGUACCUAAAUGCUGAUAGCCAAAACCCUGUGCUAAGAACAAAAGGCGGUCUUUUCCAAACGUCUCGCUACCUCAGUGAAUUUGAAGAAAUCUCAGCAUUGGGCAGAGGAUCAUAUGGAAAAGUUUUUAAGGUGAAAAACAAGUUGGAUGGACAGGAUUACGCUGUAAAAAAGAUUCUGAUCAAUAACGUGACGAGGAGUGAGUGUAUGAAGGUCUUACGGGAGGUUAAAGUUUUGUCCAGUCUUCAGCAUCGGAACAUUGUUGGAUAUCACACUGCAUGGAUGGAGCAUGUGCAGCCUGCUGUGAAGAACUGUACACCUACUUUUUUGGGGGCCAUACCAGCUUUAGAAACACCGUCACAAACAGAAAGACUUGUUGAGGAGAGCACCAGUAGCACCAAUGGAUCAUCCAUUGUUUUUGAAAACUCUGAAUGUUCAAAGGACAGAAAAGGACAAUCUUUAAACGUGCUAAAGAAUGGCUCAAAUAUUAUUCAAAGAUCUACAAUGGCAAAAGGGCAGAGAAGUCAGGCAUGGGCCACAAAAAAUGUGCACAACCCACAAAACUUUGUCCCGUGUGCGUUCCUGGGAGAGCAACGCUCUUUUGGGGAGACCUGCCCCGCGCUUCGGUGGGAAAGUUCAACGCUGUCAGAGGAGUCAUAUGUUGAUACGAGCAGUCAGCAGUGGGCUGAAAACCAUCCAAAGGAGGUUCAGUUCCACUUAAUGCUUUACAUCCAAAUGCAGCUGUGUGAGCGUUCAUUGAAAGACUGGAUUCAGGCAAGGAACUUUACACUGAAGUCAGAACUCACAAUGUCAACAGGUUCCUUUCAGACAUUUGACUCUCAACGAGCAUCUGAUAUCUUAAAAAAAAUACUUGAAGGGGUGGAGUAUAUUCACUCCUGUGGAAUUAUGCACAGAGACCUUAAGCCAAGGAAUAUUUUCCUGCAAGGGAAUGAGUGCCAUAUAAAAAUAGGCGACUUUGGAUUGGCUUGUACGGCUAUCAUGAUGAAUGAAAAUGAACAGCUACCUUCCAGUUCUCAUAUAAAUGGAAACGCAGAGUACUCUCACACUACAGGAGUGGGCACUUUUGUUUAUGCGUCUCCAGAACAACUGCAGGGCUCUCAUUAUGACUCAAAGUCAGACAUGUAUAGUGUCGGUGUGAUCGCCAUCGAGUUGUUCCAGCCUUUUGGGACAGAGAUGGAACGUGUGCAAACACUUGGAGACGUGAGAAAGGGGAAGGUUCCAGAUGACCUGUCUAAGAACUGGCCAGUCCUGACUGAGCAAAUUAAACUGCUGACAAGCCUGGACCCUACACUGCGACCAAGUGCAUCCCAGCUGCUGCAAAGCGAUCUCUUUAACAACAAAGACAUGGUAAUCCACAAUUUACAACAGAGGAUUUCUGAGCAAGAAGAAGAAAUCAUUCAACUCAGAAGACAGAUCAGUGAACUACAAACCUCACACAAUGGACCAGAGAAGGCAUCACUAUAAUAACUACUGAUUAUUCUCUAACAAGCAAGACUUUGGCAUAUUAUAUGUAUAGUUUUCCUUUGUUUUUGUGACAUAUUCCUGUGUAUGAACUCAACAUUGCCAGGGUGUAUAAAGACAAGUAAAUAAAUAGACAACCUUUCAGAAGACUAUUAGACAGACUCCGAACACGUAGAUUUCUGGGCACAAUUUCAAGCUUUUCCUCUGUCAUUAAUCGAUUAAAGUAUCUUGUAUUUCUGUGA